CAGCAAUAAGAUUCUCUUUGUCUCUUUUUAAGGGGAAUUUGAAUCUGGGUGCGAUUUAUCGAUCGUGUGCCGCACAUCUUCUGAUGACUUAAGUGUGAACAUUCAAUCACCGUCCUAAUCCACAUUUCCAGCUAGAACCAAGCUUUUCAACUUUUUCAACUUCUUCAACUUCCUCAACCUUUCAUCUCAGCACAGUCGCUUCGAAAUGUCUGUUCCUAUCCGGCCCGUCCUUGUUAUCUACUCGCAUGGCCGUAACCCACCUCUCAAUCCGGCGCCAGACCUCAAAUACGACAUCCGCAGCAUUCCAAACCCUCCCAAAGCCCUACGCGAUACGAGUGACGGCCGUUCAAAGCGGAUACGUGAGCACCUACUCUCCGAGCCGAAAUUCUCGCAAAAGUUGGAGCUAGUUGAAAAAGACAUCCGCAUAAGGAUGGACACCAUGAUUGCAGAAAUUACAGCCAAGAGCCAGGGUAUAGGCGGCGAGGAAGAGGCAGAGGCACAGACGCAGACACAGGCACAGGCGCAGGCGCAGAUAACCACGCCGUCAAACCAAGAAGCGACACAUUUGAAUGAGGAACACUCUGACACUGAAGAUGCUCGACGAUCAACGAAUGAGGUACUCCUCCGAGUCGGCUGUAAUUGUGCGCUGGGCCAUCACCGCUCUGUCGCCUUUGUCUGUGAACUCGCUCAACGGCCCUGGCCUAGAGAUUGGCAUGUCGAAGUCAUACACCGAGACUUGGAGAAGAAGCGCUCUGGUGGCGUGAGGGUAAAACAGAAAGCUUCUUGGAAGGAUAGGGGCAAGAGGUGGAGUGAGCAUAAUAGCAAUCACGAUACAGACAUGCAUUUUGAUUGAGGAGUGGGUGAUGCAUGCGGCUAUGAUGUGGGGACUCUGUAUACGUGGUUCAAAAGACAGCUGGGCAUGGGUUGGAGGAGUUUGAAAGGAGAGAGAGUGAAGAAUGAGCUUUGUUCGUGCCACGUGGAUGAGGCUUGCUUCUCUGCUGCUCCAACAGCCUGUUUCUUGUGGUCGAAUAAAU